UUUUGUCCCAUGUUACACCAACACUACACCAAUCUCUCUAUAUCAACCAACUCAUUUUCCAACAACAACGUUUUCUGCUUUAUUACCAUCCAUAUAUACCAUAUGCAUCAACUUUCUCUACUUUUCAUUUCAACUAUCCACGACUUACCAUUUUCCUCUCUUCUCUUCUCUUCAUCACCACAUUGCAUUGCAUGCUACCUCUACACUCUUUCGUUCUUACUUCAUUUUCUUUUCUUUUUGCUUUUUUCAACUUCAACACCAUUCUCCAUCAUUUCAAUUCCCAUUGCCAAGUGACAAGGGCUGAUGGAGACAGAUAAAUAAAUCUAUUUAAAGCCCUCCCACUUUAUGCAGAUAUAACACACCCCUUUCAUUGUUUUAGCAUAUAUUCUCUUUCAUUACUUCUAAUCUUGUAUGUAUAUAACCUCAUAAAGCUAUUCUACCUAGUAGCUUCAUUCUGUGCUAUUUAUAACCUUUUUCUACCAUCACCCUUGUGACCACACACCAAAAACCCUACCCUUUUUCCCCUCAUUCGCUCUACCACAAUGUGGAUGGUUGGUGACAAUGAAGGUGGUGAGUUCAGUAUGGUUGAUCAUUCUUUCAGUGGAAGGAAACUCAGACCCCUCAUGCCAAGGCCAAUAACUUCUUCUUCUUCUUUCACACCACCACCAACAACCACUCUUAGCUUGACUCACCCUCAUGCCAAUGAUUUCCCUUCACACUAUGAUUAUCACCAUCUUGCCUCAGUGGCAGAACAAAACAAGAGAGAACAGUUCAAUGGUGCAGCACCUGUUGUGGUGAGCUCAAGGUGGAAUCCAACGCGAGAGCAACUAAGAGCCCUUGAAGAGUUGUACAGAAGAGGAACAAGAACACCAUCUGCUGAGCAAAUCCAACACAUCACUUCACAGCUUAGAAAGUUUGGUAACAUCGAAGGCAAGAAUGUGUUCUAUUGGUUUCAGAAUCACAAAGCCAGGGAAAGGCAAAAACGUCGCCGCCAAAUGGAAUCAGAGGCUGGAACUCCUGAGAAGAAAGAUUCAGCUGCAGGUAGGGCAGUGUUUGAAGUUAAACAGAUCAAGAAUUGGACACCCUCAACAAACUGCAGUACUGUUGCAGAGGAAUCUGUUUCAACGCAGAGGACUGCAAAAGCAGUGGGUGAAGAGAGUAGAACAGUUGGAUGGCUCCAAUUCGAUGAAGGAAGAAACCUUUUGGAGAGGAAUGCCACGUGGCAUGUGAUGCAGUUACCUUGUCCUUCUCCAACUGCACCCUCUUCAGCUAUUACAACAACCACAGUAACAAGAACAAAAAUGGAGCCUAACCUCAUUAAGACACAUGAUCUCAGCUUUUUCAUUUCACCCCAGAGGGAAAACAGUGUUAUAUACUUAAGCAGUAGCAGUAGUACCAGUGAAGAUGAUAACUGUGUGGAGUCUCAAACCCUUCAGUUUUUCCCAUUAAGGAGUGGUGGUGGUGGUGAUGAUGCUAGCAGUGACAGCAUGAGGGAUAAAGAGACAGAGAUAUCAGCUUCACCAAUGAAUUGCAAUAACUUCACCCCAAGCCAGUUUUUUGAGUUCCUUCCUAUGAAGGAGUGAUAUCAGAGACACAUCCUAUGUUUGUAAAAUGAUGGGAAUGUGUUUUCGUGUUGUUGUUUUGUUGAAAAAUGGCACUGCUUUUAUUGUUAUAGUUGCUAGAUGAUGUUAUGUUUCGAGGAAUUGGUGCUGUAAUAUGACACUGACUUUGAAUGAAGGUAAUGUAUUUUACCUUAAACUGCAUUUGGACU